UGCACAAAAACGGACCAUCGAAACACACCGACUUCCACGCUAUAUUACUUUCAAGAGUUAUCCUACCUAAAGUAGUUUGAAAUGGCGUUCCGCGCUUAAUGUUUUUGAAAAUCACGGUCGAUGAAUGUGAGAGAAAUACUUACACCGGGGCUUUUUCUGGAUGGUAGCGUCCCACUGGAAGGAUCCGCUCGCUCUGACAUUUCCACCACAAUGUCUCAGUCAGAGACGUGUUGCAUUUGUGGGGUGAGGUUUGUGAGGGGGCCCAAGGGUUACAACAGGAGGAAAGUCACCACGCUGACCAGCCCCAAGACCUUCCAGCUAGUCUUUGACAUCACUCCUGAUGAUGACUCCUUCCUCUGCUGGGUCUGUCUUGGUGUGCUCAGAAGGAAAACCAAGCAGGAUGGGAAGCUUUGGACUUGGUCAGAUUUGCCACCAAAAGUUGGCAGACCUCGAAAGCCCCGUGCCGAAAUACCAAGCUCAUCCACAACAUUAUCCAAUCAAACUCCAAUUAUAACCAACCCAUCCUCUUUAUCCAUAGAAGAAGAGUGCAUUGCUUUUAAAAAAAACAAACGGAGGCCAGUUCGUCAGUGGGACGGGGAGAAAUGGACCACCAUGACUUCUCGUUCCCCAGAAUCCCAUUCAACGACCAUCAGACGACCUCCGACGCCCAUAGCCCCAACCACACACUCUUCAACGCCAUCAAAGCAAGUCAAUUCCUCAACAUUAUCAAGUCAAACUUCAAAUCAGAUCAGUUCCCUGUUCUCCUUUGGAGAGCGGACAACAAAAAGACAUCCGCAGGCACCCCACUCUACAACACACUCCACACUCCCGUCUCCUUUCCCCGUUAAAAAAGGUAUAAGCCCCAAGAAGAAGCUCCCUUUCUCCAAGACGAAGCAGAGCUAUGGGUUUGGCCCUCAUGCCAAGGCCCUGUAUUACAUGCACAGCCACCAGCACCUGAAGGCCUUCAGGUCCCUGAUGAAGACCAAAGCUAGAGAAGCCAUGACCCUUUUCCUCGCCGAGGUCAUCGCCCAGGAGAGUAAGGUAUUGAUGAAGGACCAACGUGGGCCGUUGCGUCAGCCGCUGACUGAGGCGAGUGUGAGUGUGUUUUCCUGGGACUCAGUUCUAGCGUGGGGGGAAGAAAAGGCCCCUAUGACCCUGGCAUGUCUUAGGGCCAUGUUCCCCAAACCCAACACCAUCAGGACACGGGUUAUGAUGGGAUCAAGGAAAACGAAACGCCCGAGGACAGAAGAGGCAGGUGAUGUAGUCAGCCAGAGGGUGGGGCUUAUCUUGGCCAUCGUCCUCUACACCUCCAUGCAGAAGUGCAACUUCAUCCAGGCCUCUCUGGGGGUCGAGUUCUGGAAGCAGGGCUGUCCUCUCAGCGUGUUCAAAGCCCUCAGUGCCCUGGGGGUGUGUCCCACUGCUGCCUCCACCAGGAGACACGCAGAGAGGCUGACAACCAGCUUUGAUCCACCUCAGCAGGACCGGACAGAGGGGGUGGAGGAGGAGCCUGGGGACUCCUUUUGUAGAUCUGAAGAUGAGAAUCGGACUCUGAGUUGUUCCGAAGAGUAUUCCAGUUCCUCCCCGACCCACUCUCUGAACUGGUUCUCGGACCAAUCCCACUCCAGAGAUGGGUCCUGGUCCGAUCGGAGUUCCAGAUCUGACUCCAGAUCUCGCUCCAGGAGCGACGACCACCAAGGCCCUACUCAGAGGCCUGACUCCCGGGAGUACCAGAAUCUGAUCAAAGAACAUGGUUACCACAAAGUCCAGAAACCUACAUUGAGUCGAUGGACGAAGAACAGUGAGGACAAAAGGGAGGCAAAGAAAAAACCUGUUCUAAAUCCCAAGAGAAGGAAGAUGACGAAAAAGAAACCUGCUCAAUCGCCUCCAGUAGUAAACGCAACUGGCGAGCACCGCUCAGACAUGGAGACUUCUCAAGUAAGUAAGGUAAACAUGGAACUCGUUCAAACGUCUCAAGUAGACAACACACACAUGGAACCCGUUCAACUCAGCGAUACAAACAAGAAACCUGCUCAUAUAAGUGAGACAAAUGUACAACUUGCUCAAAUGUCUGUAAUGAGCGAAACAAACAUGGAACAAAUUAAAAUGCCCGAAAGAGGCAGGCCAAGUAAGGAACUUGCUCAAAUGUCUGUAAUGAGCGAGACAUACAUGGAACAAAUGAAGAUUCCUAAAAGAGGCAGGCCAAGGAAGGAACUUGCUCAAAUGUCUGUAAUGAGCGAGACAAACAUGGAACAAAUUAUAAUGCCCAAAAGAGGCAGGCCAAGGAAGGAACUUGCUCAAUUGUCUCUAAUGAGCGAGACAAACAUGGAACAAAUUAAAAUGCCCGAAAGAGGCAGGCCAAGGAAGGAACUUGUUCAAGUAAGUAAAACAAACAUAGAACACACUCCACAAAUAACCGACACAACCUUGGAACCUGUUCACAAGCUCAGAAGUCCAAGGAAGAAACCUGUCCAAACGUCCCAGGUAACUGACACACGAAACAAACCCAUUCAAGUAACCAAUACAGACAUUAAACUUGCUGAGACAAACAAAGAAUCUGUUGUACAGGCCAAGAAUGGGAGGCCAAAGAAGGGAUUCGUUCAAAUUCCACAAUUAACCGACACUUGCAUGGAACCCAUUCCGGUAAGCGAGGUAAAUGCGGACACCACUUUAAUGCCCAGUAGCAUGAGAUCAAGGAAGAGACCCAGACGAGUCCCCCAAGUAUCCGGCACAAACCAGGAACAAACUCAAAUGCCCAAAAUAACCAAAACCAACAAGGAAUCCUCCAAAAUGCUUCAGAAAAUGGACACACACAUGGCACCUGCUGUAACAUCUAAAAGAGGGAGGACAAGGAAGGGACCAAUUGAAAUAUCUCAAGAAACCGACUUACACACAGAAGCCGGUCUAAUGCGUCAAGCUGGUGAAAUGAAUCAGCAAUGUGUCGAAGGACGGGAAAUAAAUAAAGAACCCGCUGAACCCCAAAAACUCACUGGAAAGCCUAAAGUAAAUCAGACAAAGAAAGUACCUGCAAAGACACCUGAAGAACUAGAUCAAAUGGAAUUAAUUCCAAAGCGCAAAAGAGGCAGGCCAAAGAAAGAACUUGCUCAAGUAAGCAACACAAGCAAGGAAACCCCUUCAAUGCAUAAAAUAAGCAAAACAGGCAGAGAACCUGCUCUUACCCGGGAGAUAAAAAUUAUUGUCAAUAGGAUGGAAAGCUGUAGUGCUGCUGAAAUGCCCCAAAUACGUGAGAUGAACAAUGAACCUGUUCAAGUAGGUGCGGAAAACUUUGAACCUGCUCAAAGACUGAGUGGGAGGUCAAUGGAGGGACUCGUUCAAAUGCCCCAAGUAAGCUGCACGGACAUGGAACCUGGUAAGUUAGGCAGGACCAUCAUGGAAACUACUUCAACUGCAAAAAGGACUGACAAAGAAUCCGUUCAAAGGCCUCAAGCAAACGAAACAAAAGCAGAACUUGCUCAAACAUCUCAGAUAAUGGAAACGAUAAAGGAACACAUUCAAACAACCAACACAGACAAGGAAACCGCUUCCGUGCCCAAAACAAGCUGCACAGACAUGGAACUUGCUAAAAGGUACAAAAUGAGUGACUUUCAGACCCGGGUAAUAAGAAUAGUUGACACUAGGAUGAGGGCAAACAAAGAAUCUGUUUCAAUGCCUCAAGUACACGACCCAAACCAGGACCCUGAACCUGCUGCAACACCUGAAAUAAGCGACACAAACAAACCAUCCACGCGAGUGAUCAGAAUAGUCGUUAACAGGAGGAUACCGGCAGACAUAUGUAGUCACACCCGGAAAAGCCUGGAGUGUCUGGCUGAGGUAGCAGCCAAAUGUGCUCCGUUAGAUGUUCAAUCUGCCGAAGAGGAUGGAUAGAUAGACGCAUGUUACUUAUCAUUAUAACAAACUUCACAACAUGACGUCUCAGGAAGAAAAAAAAUGUGUGAAAGGGUAUAACCCUAAGCUAAGGGGUGGGGAAUAGUCUGCCUCUUGUCUUCUGUAUUCGUUUUACUGUAAUUGUACAUACCAGGCCUUUGUCUUAGCAAUUGUCUUCUCCACCUUGUUCAUUUGAUAUGUACAUAAUCCCAGCAACAGUCUUUUGUGUUUUUGUCAUUGUGUCCACUGUGGAUUUAGUGUAUUUGUUAAUCUUAUCCCAUUUUGUAUUUAGUUGUUCUGAUUGUACUUCUGUGGCUGUUGACAAUGUAAUAAAAAUGUAUGUGUUUUGUACUAAGGGAAUUACUGCAGUCAUAGUAUCCAUGCUAAUUUCAGGGUAUUUGUUUUCGUUACACAUACAAAUGUUAUUUGACUAAAAGCAAAGACUGUAAACCAAAACAGAUUUGCCCACUAAUCUUUAAGCUAGAAAAUAAAUUGUUAGGAAACAACCACAGCGUUUAUCUUGACUCAAGGCUUUUCCUUUCAUUCUGUUUUUGAUGUAUACAUUCUUGCAAUAAUAUCCUGUGGGUAAUACUUGUGAUAAUUUUGUGUAUAUUACUGUUGUCUCAUGUAAAAAUGAAGCUCGCAGAAUAAACAGUGCAAUUGUA